AUGGAGCCGGAGCAGCAUCAGCGGACGGAGAAGAUCAGCGCGGGCCUCCUCGGGGUGGAGAGUAAUAGAGCAGGAGCCGCUGAGGACACCACACAAAAUGGCGGACGCUCUGAGAGCAGUAGCACUGGGGAGGCGCUGCUGGUGGCUGCUGUUGCUGCAGAGGACAAGGUCCCCCCAAACCUCAGCAUCACUAGCAGCAGCCAGCGCAGGAGCAGCAUCUCAACGGCAAAUGAACAACAACAGCAGCAACCGCCCAGCGGUGUGUUGGGGGGGCCUCCCCCUCUCCCUAAGCCCCCAGAAGACCUGCCUGUUAGGAGGAACUUUCAGAUCCCCAGGAAGAGCAGAGAAAAGAAAGCACUCUUUCAGCCAGUAGCUGUAGGCUCUCGAGAAUUUGAGGAUAUUGUGAAGAUUCUUCAUUCAUCUUACUUGGAACCAAGUUCAGUGUCCAAUUUUAAUUACAAGAGAGCCAGCUUAGUUCAUAGUGAACUGUUGGAAAAGGAAUUCACAGAAAAACGCAGAGAGAUGAAAUUUGAUGGUCGUCUAGAAAAAGAGCUUUCUGAAACCUAUGCAUUUCUGAUGGUUGAUCGACCUGAGAUCCAAAGCAUAUGCGAAAAAGGGCUGCAGGUGGGCCACUCCAAAAUAACGAUUCUCGGCAGCCCUUCCAUGGGUGUAUAUAUCUCCAGGUACGCUGAUUUAUUGCAGCCUAAUCCUCUAGAAGCUGGAGCAACUGGAGAUGUGAUUGUUUUUAAAAUAAUAAAGGGAAAAAUGAAAAGCAUAUAUGACCACAUCGGUAUGAAAGCAAUGGAAUCAACAGUAAAGAGUGCAUUAGAUCCAACGCCAAAGCAUGAGUGUCAUGUUUCAAAGAAUGCAAAUAAAGUAACCUCCUUGUUGGCUUAUCGAGCCUACGAACUUACUCAGUACUAUUUUUAUGAAUAUGGCUUUGAUGAGAUAAGGCGAAGACCAAGACAUGUUUGUCCUUAUGCUGUGGUUUCAUUUACUUACAAAGAUGAAAUGGUGCAAGUACCAAAAUUCUUGCCCCCAUCAAGAUCAAACAGUUUCAACACAGAUAGAAGUACAGAUAAAUCUAACUAUACAUUAUGGAGGGGACAGCUUUGGAAUAAAGGCAAACUUCUGUGCCAUGUUUCCUUGAAAUCAGCAGCAUGCCCUUUCCUUCCAUGCAAGCUUCCUGAGAAGCUUGAAGUUGAAAAAGUUGUGAGCAUUGAUCAAUUGAAGAAAAAAAUUUCACCAGCAUUGUUCUAUAAAGAAACUUACCUAGGAGCAAAAGAAGUGUUCAAGAACGGCAUGUACUGUAGCCUUUAUGAAGUUGUGGAGAAGUCCCGUUCUGGUAGUCACUUGGAGGGUUUACUUCAAAAACUAGAGAAAGAGAACCUUGUUCUUGUGAAACUACUUCUGGACAGAGGAUUUCUUUUUCUUCUUUCUCCUUGGCAAAUGACAUCCCCUUAUGACCACCAAACUGGACGGCCCCGCAUGCUACAUGCAUUGUUUCUGUUUCCAGAACCUAGAGGUGUAAUGAGCUCAACACAAAAAAGUGUUCCAUUUGGAACACAGAAAAAUUCAACUACCAUGGUGUUGCACGAAAAUCAGGAAAUCAUUCCAGAAUUCACAAAGUUUAUUCAGUCUCUACACUUUGCUUUAAUCCAAUCUCGUAAAGACGCUACUGCAGACUUCAAUGCUGUUGUGGAAAAGUAUAUAAAUGAGUAUUUGAAAAGAUGCUGUAGUGGCUCUGGAAAAUAUAGAGAAUUUGUAUUACAUCGGUAUGAAUCACGGUUGGAUGACAAAAAAUUUCUUUAUUCUGCUCCAAAAAAUAAAUCUCAUAUUGACAGCUCCUUGCAAAACUAUAUUUUUGGUUGUGAGGCAUAUCAACUACCUGUUUCUAGAGCUAAGGAAUUGAUGGAGGGAAAUCGGAAACUUCAACAGUUCAGUCCCAUCUCAGAUUAUGAAGCCACAGAAGACGACUCUGAUUUUGCCAACGCAAAAAGCGGGAAAAGAAUCCGUGCAAAAUAUGAAGCCACUGCUGCGAAGCGAAAACUGCCUCAUUCUGGAGAUUAUGAUCCCGAUAGACUCAAAGAACUUAUUAACUUAAUCCAGUGUAGGAAAAAAAAUGUAGGUGGAGAUUCAGAGUCUGAAGACCUUAGAAAUAAAAGUGGUCUGAAAAGGAAGCUGGAAAAACAGUCUGAGAAUCUGCGGAAAUACUUAAAAAUGAGUGAAUCUUCAGAGAAUAGUUGUCAGUAUGAAGGGGGCAGAACCUCGGAUUCGCCACACUCUGUUUUCUCAGUUAAUACUGGUCUUGGUGGACGUGAUACUGACUUGAGGCAGCAAGAUGUAUCCGACCCUGCUGUUACUGACACACAUGGCCUCAUUAAACUGCUUUUAGAAACACUAGCUAGUGCAGGACACUUGGAUUCGUCGUUGGCACGGUCUGUAAAUCAAGCUUUAGGAUUAAGCACUGAUGAAAUUGAAGAGGAUAUGAGACAAAAAUAUGAAUAUGAAUCCAUUCCAGCACAGGACAAAGAUGAUCAUGAGCUUCCUAAUACUGCUCAGGCUGAAAAUGUUAACUUUAAGGACCCACAGAGCCCAGUGAUACUGGAAACUGAUGCGGCAUGCUUACCCUACCCUGUUGAUGUUGAUCUACGGCUUUCAGCUAAUGAAGUAGGCCUUGAACACACGCUACGUUUAAAAGUAAGUGAAACUGCCAUGUAG